AGUGCUUCGCCAACGUCAUCCAAUCAACAUCGAUGUGCUUAGCUCAACACCGGACGUGACAUCGAUGCUCUUCACUGUCUUACCUUGCGACCCAUCAACGCAGACUGUAUUCAUUUCGUGGCCAGCUACAUCGUGAUCCAAUACGAGACUUGCCUGUAGGUGAGGUCUCGAGCGCUGCCUAUGUAGUAGCAUAGUCUUCACUCCAUUACAGGGAUUCUUUUGAUAUCCUUCAUUCACGAUGGCCGUGACGAUGGCACUUGACGCCGAUCAUGGUAUAGCGCCCUAUGCGAGUGAAAUGGGGCAAUCACAAGUUUUGUGCGCUUUAUGCCGGCCUCGUACCCUUAUCCCUAAAGCUCGGGCUGGUCUCGCCUCUUUGGACUCGGCUUGCGCACGGACGCAGUGAGCUCGAUGAAGCCGCGACAUGGUGCUUUUUUUCAUCGACGAUGUCUCGACAAGCACGGUGCAAAAGCAGAAAGUCGAGUCAACGUUGCAUACUCUUUCAAGAAACGUCGGCAAGCCUCCGAUCGCGACCUGCCAACGGUAAAGCUGUAUCGGGAGCAGCUGCCUCCAACCUUGGGCCGCUGGCGUCCUAUCGUUGCCUUUGCUGCACGGCACAGCCUCCAUGAUGUUGAAUCUAAUCGUGAACCGAUUGUGUCGGCGUGCUCGGGUGCCCUCAUGUCGAUUGCGUCGGGGCUCGCGGGGACGUUCUUUGGCGAGGGUGUUGGUCAUAUUGAUUGCACGGCGUUGAUCGCAAUGGACAGCCCCGUACAGCGUCACUUAAGGCACCGCACGCUUCCGUAACGACACGCUGCGGUGAAAUCAGACAGUCGAAUGAAGCCUUCGGCUCUGAGAGAGCUGACCUUUGACGCUUCUUGCGAUACGCCGUUGGCCAAAUACAUGGCGUCAUUCAAGGAGGCGGCGGCCCGACAAAACGCCAUCCGGUUGUGCCGCCAUCAAUCGCGAAUGUCGUUCUGAGCUUCGACCAGCAAGAGCCAAUGACUCUAGCGAUACAUCUCCUUAUCUCGACGGCGUUCCUGACGAUCGGUGAAGAACCGAGGUGCACUGCUGCCGGGAUAUGGACGACUGAGCAGCCAGAUAGAGGGCGCACCCUACGAGAUACUUCGAAACUGCGCGCUGUGACGCCGAUGCACGCCAACGCGCCGUUCUGUCUACCAUAUCGUAGCUUCAGCUACGGAAAAGGCUUAAACAGAGCCCGGCGCUCCCCUCCAAGAACGUGAUCUCCUCUCCUUACUUCUCGAACCGACCUGAUCACGCACAAACAGCGCAACAAAAUCGCCUCUAACUCUCUGAAAGAGAGCGUCUACUGCCUUUGCGCCAAGUCAAGAUCCAC